CCCUCAUCCAUGUUCAAUUCAUAAUUAAUCCCACUUGUCCAGGGUUCCACUCAUUAUUUUUCUGUGCCCACCCUCCCCGUCCGUUUUGCCCAUUUCCUUUUAAUAAUUCUCCUAUAGCGAGAACCACCGCACCCUUCCUCAAUCCUUUCUUUAAAAGAUUCCUCCACCCUCCUUUUUCAACACAAGAUCUUCCUUGAUCACUACACAGUCAUUACCAAGUCCCUUUUGCACAAAAGAGUUCCUUUCUCUAUUUCCAACUCAACAGUCAUUCUUUACCUUGAAAGCAUACACCUUUUUGCGGAAUCGACUUUCGCUCUUCAACACCAACGAUUCAUCACGACCACUUAUACACAAGUUUAUCAAAACAGAAAAACAAUUUGGAAUUUACAUUUAUCCUUCGAUAUCAAUCACCAUGCAUUUCACAGCUGCUUCCUUGGCUGUUAUGGCCGGAGUUGCCGCCGCUUCUCAACCAGGUCACUACUACCCAAAGCGUAUUAACAACGGUACCAUCUCUGCCACCGCUACUGACAACGGUCAAACCACUUUGACCGUUUUCGCUACCACCGUCCGAACCAUCACCUCAUGCGCUGCUUCUAUCACCAACUGCCCAGCUCGUGCCACCUCAGCCGUUGAGGGAGCUUCCACCACCCCAGAAGUUAUCGUCGUUACCGACACCGUUACCUUGGCCACCACUGUUUGCCCAGUCACCGAGGCCGAAUCUGCUAGCGCCGUUAUCACCAGCAAGCACUUGACAUCUGCUCUUGCAUCCCUCUCAUCUGCCAUCGCCAGUGCUGCAAGUGAAAGCUCUUUCUACGGUGCUACCACCACCGUUGCUACCCCAGCUGCUUCCAGCGGAGUUGUUGGUGCUUCAACCACGGCUUCAUCCCCCGCAUCAUCCGCCACAGCCGAUGCUUGCGCAUCCCAAUGUAAUGCAUCAUACAACUCCUGCCGAAGCGCUCCAGAUGCAAACAGAUCCCUCUGUGCUUCCAACUAUGCAUCAUGCCUCGGAUACUCUCCAUUUGACAGCACCGGAUCACUUGUCACCCCAACUGCUUGCUCCUCGUCAGCAGCAUCAACUGCUCUCGGUGUUGAGACUAGCCCAGCUGCCUCCGGUGUUGUUGCACCAUCUGGAGCUGUUCCAUCUGGAAGUGCCCCAGCUGGUUACGCUUCUUCCCCAGCUUCUUCCCUCGCUGUUUCCUCUCUCCCAGCCGCCGCUGUCUCCAGCGCUCUCGGUGUUGAGUCCAGCCCAGCUGCUUCCGGUGUUGCCGCACCAACCGGAUCCUCCCCAUCCUCCGUCGUUGUUCCUCUCGGAACUGGCGUCGUUUCCGCCGUCCAAACCGUCACUGCCAACGCUAGCCACACCUUGACUUACACUCUCGGCUCUGGUUCUUCCACCACCGUUGUCACCACCACCAUCAUUGAGACCUCCGCCUCUACCAUCUACGCCACUGUUACACCAACUCAAACCGUUGCCGCUUCCUCUGGUGCCGGAUCCCCAGCCGGUUCCGCCGCUGCUUCUUCCGAGGCUGGUGUCGUUUCCGCUGGUGAAUCUACCACUUCCCAAACCACCACCAUCUAUGGUACCUCCACCUCCACCCACUACGUCACCGUUUCAGCUGUUUCCUCUGGAUCUGCUGCUACUGGUCUCGCUGGUGUUACCGCUAUUGCCUCAGGUGCUGGAUCUGCUUCCCCAUCCGCUUCCGCUGGUGCUUCCUCUGGUGAGACCACUGGAUCUGGCUCUGGCUCUGGCGCUUCCGGUUCCGGAUCAUCUGGAUCUGAGACCUGUGCUUGCGCCGAGGCUGCCACUGUCACCGUCACUGCUACCGUUGCCGCUCAAACCGUCACCGUUACUGCUGCUGCCGCUGGAUCUGAUGCUACUGGUGCUCUCUCCGGUAUCCAAACCGCUGUUGUCUCCACUGACUCUGCCGCUGCUACCACUGAUGCUUCCGUCGUUGUUAGCACUGCUACCGUUGUCCCAAUCCCAGCCACCACCGCCGCUGUCACUUCCAUCCCAUUCUACGGUAACGGAACUGUUGUCACUUCCACCAAGAAGUCCAAGUGCGCAUCUUCUGGUUUCUUGACCAGCAAGGCUAAGCCAACUGGUGCCAAGCCAACUGGUUACUAAAUUCUUUCCACAAAAGGAGUGAAUUUUGUAUAUCCUUGAACUCGAUGUGAUCAACUGCUUCUUGACAGCGAAGUAAGUGAUUGUGUAUGAGCAAAGAUGUUGAGGUGGAGGUUUCCUUUGUUAAAUGUACAUUGUUUUUUUAUUGCUAAAUAUUUAUGAAGAGGAUUUGAAGAUGGAGCAGGAUCAGACAGUUUAGAAGAUUGGGGAUUGAUGUAAGGGAUUGAUAUCAAUGAAGACAAAACAAAAACCAAAUACUUUCUUGUGCAUUAUCAUUUUUAGAGUUUUAUGUAUGCGUUUUAUUGUGUUUUUCUUGAACAUUUUGCUUGCUUGUAUGUUUUUAGUCAUCAGGUUAUGACUAACACUUCUAUGGAGUUCUUGCAUAUGAUGGCACGAUGGGUUUGGAGGAUAGUUUUUUCUUUCUUUGCAUAAGCGUAUCAAUUUACAGAUUCAUGAACGUAUUUCUUGUGUGGUAUUGUGCAAUCUUCUAUUCCUCUCUUCUGAUGUGCUGUGCAGAACGAUGUAAACAAUUGAGGAGGUGUGAUGUUAAGUACACAAGGUCGCUUGUCAGCAAAGUGCUAUGUUCUUGUAAAUAGCUUAAAAUCAAUCAACGAUGGUACCUAAGUUCCAUGGACUUUUACACUAGACUCUAUGAUAUGAUGAAAUGAAUGAAUAAACAACAUAUCUGUGAUCGCAACAUUUGAAUUUGCCACACGGGUGCGAAGGAUUUAGACGGCAGAUUGAGGAUGGUGGAGGGGUAGUAUUGAUUCCUCUCGUUCCUCUAGAGAACAAUCAUGCUACACUAUGACUACUAUCAUGUGGUACGCGAUGGAUCUCAAGCAUUUGGCUUGAUUACUACAUCUCCAUCUCACUACGGAGUGUGAACUUGAAUCCUA